GGGUUAUAUCGCCGAUAAAAAGUAGGUAAAACACUCCCAUACUGAAAAAAACAUACACAGACGGACUGAGAGAGACGACGCAGAAACAGCGAAAAACAAUGGAUUCAGAUUUCGGAAUUCCAAGAGAACUCUCUCACCUCCAAAAGCAACGUUCUCUUUACCAGCCUGAACUUCCGCCUUGUCUUCAGGGAACUACAGUAAGGGUAGAAUAUGGUGAUCUGACCACAGCUAUAGAUCAUGCAGAUACCCACUCUAUUAGUCGGUAUUUUCCCCAUACAUUUGGUCAACCCUUGGCUCAUUUUCUCAGGGCAAAUGCUAAGGUCCCCGAUGCACAUAUUAUUACUGAGCAUCCAACUAUCAGGGUGGGAAUUGUCUUCAGCGGGCGACAAUCUCCAGGAGGACACAAUGUAAUAUGGGGUCUUUAUAAUGCUCUCAAGACACACAACUCCAACAAUGUUUUGAUUGGAUUUCUAGGUGGUACAGAAGGUUUGUUUGCACAAAAGACUCUUGAGAUAACAGAUGAUAUUCUGUCUACCUAUAAAAACCAAGGUGGUUAUGAUUUGCUGGGAAGGACUAAAGAUCAAAUAAGAACAACUGAGCAAGUUAAUGCUGCACUAGAGUCGUGCAAGGCUUUGAAGCUGGAUGGCCUUGUAAUCAUUGGAGGUGUAACAUCAAAUACUGAUGCUGCUCAGCUUGCUGAAACUUUUGCAGAGGCAAAAUGCCCAACAAAGGUAGUUGGAGUUCCAGUUACCUUGAAUGGAGAUCUGAAAAACCAGUUUGUUGAAACUGAUGUUGGAUUUGACACCAUAUGCAAGGUCAACUCUCAGCUCAUUAGCAAUGUUUGCACAGAUGCGUUGUCUGCUGAGAAGUAUUAUUAUUUUAUCCGGCUCAUGGGCAGAAAGGCGUCGCAUGUUGCUUUGGAAUGCACUCUCCAGUCACAUCCCAAUAUGGUUAUUCUUGGGGAGGAGGUGGCUGCAUCAAAACUAACUUUAUUUGAUUUAACAAAACAAAUCUGUGAUGCAGUUCAAGCCAGGGCAGAAAAAGACAAGAACCACGGGGUUAUCCUACUUCCAGAAGGGCUUAUUGAAAGCAUUCCUGAAAUUUAUGCCCUCUUGCAGGAAAUUCAUGGUCUCCAUCGACAAGGUGUAUCUAUUGACAAUAUUUCUUCUCAGCUUUCUCCCUGGGCAUCUGCCUUACUUGAGUUUUUGCCACCUUUUAUUAAGAAACAGCUGCUUCUUCAUCCUGAAUCAGAUGAUUCCGCUCAGUUGUCGCAGAUUGAGACAGAAAAACUCCUAGCACAUCUUGUGGAGACAGAAAUGAAUAAGCGUUUGAAAGAAGGCACAUACAAGGGAAAGAAAUUUAAUGCCAUCUGUCACUUUUUUGGCUACCAAGCUCGUGGAUCGUUACCAUCAAAAUUCGACUGUGACUAUGCAUAUGUUCUUGGACAUAUAUGCUACCAUGUCCUUGCAGCUGGCCUGAAUGGCUACAUGGCAACUCUUACCAACUUGAAAAAUCCUCUGAAUAAGUGGAAAUGUGGGGCCGCGCCAUUGACAGCAAUGAUGACUGUUAAACGCUAUUCUCGAGGUCCUGGUACUUUGUCUAUUGGGAAACCUGCUAUUCAUCCUGCAACGGUUGACAUGAAAGGCAAAGGAUAUGAGCUUUUGAGACAGAAUGCUACUAGGUUUUUGAUGGAAGAUAUCUACAGAAAUCCAGGCCCUCUUCAAUUUGAUGGCCCUGGUGCUGAUGCGAAGGCUGUUAGCUUGUGUGUGGAAGAUCAGGAUUAUAUGGGCCGUAUCAAGCAGUUGCAAGAAUAUUUGGACAAGGUACGAGCCAUUGUGAAACCGGGAUGUUCACAGGAUGUUUUGAAAGUAGCACUUAGUGCCAUGGGUUCUGUGACGGAUAUUCUGACUGUUAUGUCAUCAAACUCCAACAGUGGGCAAAAGAUCCUAUAACUAAUGUGAAUGAUUCAGUCUGGGAAGAUCUUUCACAGCAGUUGCUGCAACUCCAUUCUAGCUAUCAUCAGUGCCGAGUUAGAUUGCUAUGUAUGAAUUCUGAUGAACACUAGGAGACCCUUUUAUUGUAAGGUUCUCUUUUAAAUUUUCCCCAAUAGAUGUUUUCAGGUGAAUAAUUGUGCGAUAACAGAUUGAAGUUUUGGAAUGAGCAGAAAUAUCAAAUGGUUAUUGCAAAAACCAACGGUUGAGGUGUU